AUGGUGCUAGAAUGCACGAUCCUCCAGCAGGAUGUUGUUGCCGGAUGUGCAUGGCGGUUACUGCUGCUGUAGAGCCCCCAUGUGUUUCAGUAGCUGUAUUUGGGAGGUAAAGCAAACUUACCUACACUUAUCAGUAAUCUGAGUCUUUUGAAAUAUAAAAAUGGUCAAAAAGAGCAAAAAAGAAAAGAAAGGGAAAGGAGCGGAGAAGACGGCCGCCAAAAUGGAGAAAAAGGUGUCCAAACGGUCGAAAAGGGAGGAGGAGGAUCUCGAGGCACUUAUAGCGGAGUUUCAGCAGUUGGACUCAAAGAAGAUGCAGGUCAUGGAGACCACCUGUCCCCCGCCUUCGGCCAGGCUCAACGCCUCCCUGUCUACACACCCCGAGAGAGACGAGCUAAUCCUGUUUGGAGGAGAGUUUUUUAAUGGAAAGAAAACUUGCCUGUACAACGACCUGUUCUUCUACAACACCAAGAAGAACACCUGGGUGAAGGUUGACGUCCCCAAUCCCCCUCCUCCCCGUUGUGCUCACCAGGCAGUGGUGGUAGCCCAGGGAGGGGGUCAGCUGUGGCUGUUUGGUGGGGAGUUUGCCUCCCCUGAUGGAGAGCAGUUUUACCACUACAAGGACCUGUGGGUGCUGCACCUCAACCCACUCAAAUGGGAACAGAUCAAAGCUCCAGGUGCUCCUUCAGGACGCAGUGGACAUAGGAUGGUCCUGUGUAAGAGGCAGCUGCUGCUGUUUGGAGGCUUCCAUGAGAGCAGGGACUAUAUCUAUUACAAUGACGUCCACUCCUUCAGUCUGGACUUGUUCAGCUGGAGUCGUCUGACCCCCUCCGGCUCGGGCCCCUGCCCCCGCUCAGCCUGCCUGAUGAGCCCCACUCCAGACCAUUCAGGGGUCAUCAUAUAUGGGGGUUACUCCAAAUCUAGGGCCAAGAAGGACGUGGACAAGGGCACCAUUCAUGCAGACAUGUUUCUGCUCAAAAGAGAAGGCAAAGACGACCAGGAGAAGUGGGCGUGGUCACGCGUGAGCCCCGCGGGGGUGAAGCCGCCCCCGCGCUCCGGUUUCUCUGGGGGAGUGUGUGUGGGCGUGGCGGGCCGGGCCCUGAUGUUCGGGGGGGUGUGUGAUGAUGAGGAUGAGGAGACGCUCGAGGGAGAGUUUUACAGUGACCUCUACCUUUAUGACGUCACCAAGAACCGCUGGUACCCCGCCCAAUUAAAGGGCACCAAAUCAGAACGGAAGAAACGGAGGCGGGGGAAGAAAGGAGAAGAAGGGGAUCACACGGAGGACAAUACGGAAGAGAACGCGUCGCCACAGGAACCAACUGAGAUAGUCAAGGAGAUCGUCACCGAGGACGGCACGGUGAUGACCAUCCGUGAGGUGGUGCCUGUGGCGAGGGCGGAGCCUGAGAGUGACGAAGAGGAAGAUGAAGAUGAGGGAGAGGAAGAGGGGGCGGCAGCAGCUGCAUUGAUAGAGCCCUGCGGCCGCUCCAAUGCCAUGGUGUCUGUGAAGGGGGGGCGUCUCUUCCUGUAUGGGGGCAUGUUUGAGGUGGGAGACCGACAGGUGACGCUCAGCGACCUCUACAGCCUGGACCUCCACAAGAUGGAUAAAUGGGACGUUCUGCAGGAGAUAGAUCCCAAGGCUCAGGAAUGGCUGGAGGACUGGUCGGAUGAAGAAGGUGAUGAUGAUGAUGAGGAUGAUGGAGAUGAAGAGGCCAGAGGGGGAGAGAGUGAGGAGGAGAGUGAGGAAGAUGAGACUGAGGGUGAAGAAGAGGGUGAUCACCCGUGUGUGCAGGCUGGUGAGUCUCUGGAGGAGUACCAGUGUCGGACAGAAUCGUACUGGGUGAAGCAGGCACGUGCCAACAUGGGACCAGAGGCCAAGGACAAGAAGGUGCAGAAAGUGGGUGUAGCCAUGGCCAAAGUGUUCUAUGAGGAGCAUUGAGGAGUGUGACCUGGACUGUCUGUGUGGAUGUGUGUGUGUGUGUAUUCUAUGAUUGCCAAGUAUGUGGAUUUUGUAUGGUUUGCGCGUGUGUGUGUGUGUCUGUGUGUGUGUGUGGCUGCGUGCCUCUUGCCAGUCAUUUGUAUCUGCAGAUGGUUGGUGUAUUAAAUAAUUUAAAUACUUGUA